AUGUUAAAAAUGACAGAGGAGCAUGACAAGUGCGGGAGCGACCAGCCCUGCAGCCCGUCCGGCACCAGCAGCUCCAUGUCCCAGGACGAGUCCGACUCCGACGCGCCGUUCUCCCCGACGGGAUCCGACGGGCCCGGGUCGCUGCUCGCCGGCCUGGGCAAGAAGCUGGACUCCGAGGACGACGACCGGUUCCCUGCGUGCAUCCGGGACGCGGUGUCUCAGGUGCUGAAGGGAUACGACUGGUCCCUGGUGCCGAUGCCCGUGCGAGGGAACGGGUCCCUGAAGAGCAAGCCCCACGUCAAGAGACCCAUGAACGCGUUCAUGGUCUGGGCGCAGGCGGCGAGGAGGAAGCUGGCGGACCAGUACCCGCACCUGCACAACGCCGAGCUCAGCAAGACCCUGGGGAAGCUGUGGCGCUUGCUCUCAGAGAGUGAGAAGAGGCCGUUUGUGGACGAAGCAGAGAGGCUCCGGGUUCAGCACAAGAAGGAUCAUCCGGACUACAAGUACCAGCCCCGGCGCCGGAAGAACGUGAAACCGGGCCAGAGCGACUCGGACUCCGGAGCGGAGCUGGCACAUCACAUGUACAAGGCCGAGCCGGGGAUGGGGGGGCUGGCAGGGCUGACCGACGGGCACCACCCCACCGAGCACGCAGGGCAGCCCCACGGCCCCCCGACACCCCCCACUACUCCCAAGACCGAUCUGCACCACGGCGUGAAGCAGGAUCUGAAGCACGAGGGCCGUCGCCAUGUCGACAGCAGCCGGCAAAACAUCGACUUCAGCAACGUGGACAUCUCCGAGCUCAGCACCGACGUCAUCAGCAACAUGGAGACCUUCGACGUGCACGAGUUCGACCAGUACCUCCUGCUCAACGGCCACACCUCCGCCUCCUCCGGCCCGCCCGCCGACCACGGCCACGGGCACGGGCAGGCUCCGGCGCCCGGCGGCUCUUACACUUCCUCAUACGGCCACGCAGGCGCCACCGGGUCAGCGUGGAGCCGCAAGAGCGCCAUGUCCUCCUCCUCCUCCUCCUCCGCCAGCGAGGUGGGCCAGCACCGGCUCCAUAUUAAAACGGAGCAGCUGAGCCCCAGCCACUACAGCGAGCACUCCCACGGCUCGCCCUCACACGCCGAGUACGGCUCCUACAGCAGCCAGGCGUGCGUCACUUCCGCCGCGUCAGCCGCCUCGGCCGCCGCCUCCUUCUCCAGCUCCCAGUGUGACUAUACCGACCUCCAGAGCUCCAACUACUACAACCCGUACUCUGGCUACCCCUCCAGCCUCUACCAGUACCCGUACUUCCACUCCUCCCGGCGGCCCUACGGCAGCCCCAUCCUCAACAGUCUGACCAUGGCGCCCGCCCACAGCCCCACCGCCUCCAGCUGGGACCAGCCCGUCUACACCACGCUGUCGCGGCCCUGA